GACUGCUUGCUGACCGUGACUCCGUGAGCUCUCGUGAGCUCGUGGGCUGCUGCUGUUCUGUUCGUCCUCCGUUCCGGCGACACAGCACGGCACCGGCUCCCUCGACCUCCAGCUCCGGCGCUCUCUCGGCGAACGGCCUCCCUCGACCGUCGUCAUCCUCCCUCGUCCUCCCUCCUCAUCCUCCCUCCACCGUGGCUGUCUGGGAUGAGGGGAGGCGCGCUCCCGUCACCGCCUAGGCUGCUGCUCUGUCCGUCCCCUCCCCCUCCGGCGACGCAGCACGGCGUUGCCCCUGCCAGGUCAAACUGGUGGCAUGGAUUGUGACCCAGAGGAUGUUCGUGCUACGGUUGAAACUGAGGCCGUGCUUAGUAGCCAGUCAAGAUCAUUGGGCGAUGUAGAUGGUCAAAAUAUGGUAGUAGAACCUGUGCACCCGCAGAUAGAAUGGAAUAAUUUGCUAUCAGAACCUACUCUUGGUCUUCAAAAUGCGCUUCCUGAGAUAGAUUGGAACAGCCUGCAAAUUACGGGGCAAGAUGAGGAAGAUAGGAUGGAAAUUGUUAGUGAGGAGCAGUUGUAUGUCAUGUUGGGUUUAAGGGAUGAAGAUGAGAGGGCACAGAAAAGAGAGGAGGACAAUCAAAUGGUGAGAGCAAUGCACAGAACUGUACAAAGUGAUGAUACAGUAGGUGCUGCUGUUCCUGUCACUGAUAGCAUUCCAGAUGAAGUUAUCAUAGCAUAUGAUAAGUAUCAUCCAAGCAUGGAUCUUGGGACUACGUACCCAACAAUGACUGAUUUUAGGAUGGCUGUGAGGCAGUUUGCAAUCAACAAAGAAUUUGCACUAGGCACAGAAAAAUCUGACAAGAAGAGGUUUAGAGGAUUUUGCAAGUCUAGUGCAGACUGCCCUUGGAGGAUUGUUGGAACUCGGCAGGAUGACAACAAAAGCAUUAAGGUUACAGUUUUAGUUGACGAGCAUAAUUGUACAUCAAGCAGCAGGAUGAGGACCACUACACCAUCAAAGAAUUGGGUUGCUAGCAAGGCUGAAAGUAUACUUAGAGUGACACCAUACAUGGGUGCUAAAGAGCUGCAGGAUAAGUUAGAACAACAAUACCGUGUCACUCUUUUGUAUGACACUGUAUGGAGGGGUAGAGAAAUUGCAUUGGACAAGGUUUAUGGAAAAUGGUCUGACAGUUUUGAGUUAUUGUUUAGGUGGAAGGCUGAGGUACUAAAGAGAAUGCCUGGAAGUGUUGUUGAAAUUGAUACUUUUCAGGUAGAUGGUCAAGUAUAUUUUCAUCGUUUUUUCUGUGCCUUGAAGCCAUGUAUUGAUGGAUUUAAAGAAGGGUGUAGGCCCUACUUGAGUAUAGAUUCCACAGCAUUGAAUGGAAGGUGGAAUGGACAUUUAGCUUCUGCUAUAGCAGUAGAUGGGCACACGUGGAUGUACUCAUUGGCUUUUGGAUUCAUAGCUUCAGAGACAGAAGAUAAUUGGACUUGGUUCAUGAAUGAAUUAAAGCAGGCAAUUGGAGAGUUGCCGCUUCUUGCUAUCUGCACAGAUGCUUGCAAAGGACUAGAGAACUCUGUGCAAAAAGUCUUCCCUACAGCUGAACAGAGGGAGUGUUUCUUUCACCUUAUGAAGAAUUUCCAGAAGAGGUCUCGAGGAUUUGGUAGGAUUUAUCCAGCAGCAAGAGCUUAUAGAGAGGAGGUGUUUACACAACACAUGGCUGCAAUUUUCAGUGAGUCAGAUGACAUAUGAAAGUGGAUGAAACAGUUCCAUUCUCUAUUGUGGUACAGAUGUGGUUUCAACCCAGAAAUCAAGUGUGACUUCAUAACUAACAAUUUAGCUGAGGUGUUCAAUAACUGGAUCAGAGGUAUCAAGGACUUACCAGUUGCUGAACUAGCUAACAAAGUGAGGGAGAUGAUAAUGAUUCUAUGGAGCAAGAGGAGGAGGAUUGUAGAAAGGCUCCCUACAGGAAAGAUUCUUCCUGCUGUAAUGGUUCAGCUUAAGGCAAACACUAGAGGUUUGGGUCAUUUGAAGGUUGUUGAGUCUAGUAGUUGGAGUGCAGAGGUUGUAGACUACAGCAAAGGUGGUGAAAGACACAGAGUAAAGCUGAAUGAAAAUAUUUGUACUUGUCAAGAGUGGCAGCACACUGGGAAACCUUGUCCUCAUACUUUGGCAUUCCUAACAACACAGAAUAAUGUUGAUAUGGAACAAUAUGUGCAUCCUUAUUUCUCUGUGUGCAUGUUCCAAGCUACAUACGAUAGGGAGAUUGAGCCACUGACAGACAAGUCACAA